AUGGACCACGACAUGGACAUGGACGACGACACCGACGUGCGCAGCCAGCCGCCCGAGUCACCCGCAUUCAGUUCCUUUGCCCACUCGUUCAUGCGCCCGCCCAUGCUGCAGUCGUCCUUGUUCAACACAGAUAUGCCCAGCGCCCAUGGCCGCAUACCAACACCAAUACAUGCUUCGUUCAAGAGAGGAGGCAUGAACGGCUUCGGCUAUCCAAUGAGUGGCUCAGCCGGCGCAAUGGGUGUCAGCAACAUGCACGUGCCCUCAAUACAUGCACCGCCACCGCUAUGGAAAGCAUCCAAGCAAGAUAAUGACGAGCGAAGCAGGCGCAUGCCUUCACCCAUCUCCGAAGACGAAGAUAUUCCCGACACUCCGACAGCCCUCACGCAAUCGCAGCUCUCGCGACUAAGCGUAUCGCAAGCUCACUCGGCAGACAACAUGGAUACCGAUACACCACCCACUGCAGCCUCACCGAACACACCUCGUGGCAGGAAGCGAAGCGGUGCCAUGACAGCAGGCAUAGGCCGUUUCAGCAUGGGCUAUCGGGACGAUUGCGAAAAGUGCCGACAGCGGGUCCCGGGCCACUACUCGCACUUUCUUCCAUGA